CGUUCGCGGAAUUACAUGCCGCCAGUGAAAGAUCCAAACUUCAAAGACAAGGCUCCCAUCCUCUCGCCCACCGUCAUCUCUCUUCUCUACUCCCAUCAUCUCUUCCCUCCUUCAAUUAUCUUUCAUCCUCUGACACAGUAAAAUGGGCAGAAGAAAAAUUGAGAUUCAACCGAUCACCCACGAGCGUAAUCGUUCUGUAACUUUUUUAAAGCGUAAGAACGGUCUCUUCAAGAAAGCUUAUGAGCUUGGAGUCCUCUGCUCUGUCGAUGUUGCAGUCAUCAUCUUUGAGGAGCGUGCGGGUCAUCACCUGAAGCUUUAUCAGUACUGUUCUGGCGACAUCCACGAUAUCAUUCAGCGCCACGUUCGUUAUGACGGAGAAAAGGAUACCCGUACCCCGCACGAUUUCGCUAACAACGCCAAUGCCAAACUUCACCACGACGCCGACGUCGACGACGAUGAGGGCGACGACGACGAUGACCCAGAUUCUGCUCCUGCACGUGGUAACAAGAGGCGUCACGAGCCAAAGUUAAAAGCAGAGUACAGUAACAACGCGAAACUCCUGAUUCCUUCAGGAGGUGACAUGGGUCUCAACGUUGAUAUGGGUCCCAAUGAUUACCACCGUGGUCCUAUGACCAUCCCUCCCCCUCCUAUGCCCGCCCACCACCUGUCACAGCUUCCAUCAGCUGGUGGAGGUUCUGCACUUCCUAUUUCAACAGAGCGCCAUACGUCUUCUGGUCGGUUACUUCCUCCAAACGGUCAGCUUGGCUCUCAAAAGAAGCCCCGUCUUGCGCCUAACGUUCAUGGAGGCAACGGCUCCAAGCUUUCAGGAGAUGAGCCUAUGUAUAAUAGUUACCUCCCCUCACCCACGUCGGCUCAUUCUACUGCAUAUCGUUCGAACGGCCCAUCAUCCCACCAACUUCCGUAUAAUGGAUAUAUGGGCGUGUCAAGCAGUCCUCCUCAGUCCUUCCUCCCGUCGAGUUUUGACUUCCCUUCGUCGUCGUCCCGAGGCUCUACUUUACCGCGUAAUAAUAGCUACAGCCAACGAUCAUCAUAUUCUCAACCUCAAGAUCCCCAAAUACAGGGAAUGUAUCACCAGCUAAUGCGGCAUAAUAACCCGCACAGUCAACACUCCCAUUCAAGCAGUUUGCAUUCCCAGCAAUCUCCGGACUCCUUAUUAUCCACAUUUCUGGAGAACGAGGACCAUAGGCAGCCGCAAAAUACAGGCCCGCAGUACGGGCCGCUCGAUUGGCCCUCUCAUGGACCUUCACAACAGCAGCAGCAGCCCCCUCAACCUCCACAGCAGGAAUCAGGGCCUCCUGGUGACACCAGCUGGCUUGAUUUCCUGUCGCAGAACGCAUCCCAAUCAGGGGCACAACAGCUCCACAUGACACUGCCCCCCACUAAUGGGCGAGAUGGUCUCUCAUGGGAACGAGAUCGCGAUACGGAGCAUUAUUCCGCUGAGCGCGGUGGCGACAUUCAUCCAGAUAAGUCUUCCAACGGAACAACAUUAAUGUCACCGCGUUCAUCACGCAAACGCCCACGUGCUGAUUCGAGUGCUGCGGAUGAGAAACGUUUGUCGCCUAGCGCGCGAGCUGUUUCAGGUCAGGAUAAGAUGCAUGAUUCUGGCAAGAGUAAUGGGGUAGAUAAACAAGACAAGUGACGAAGUUAUGAUUUGAGGACGGUUUCUGUAUGACUACAUAUGAUUAUCUUGGACUCUCAUUUUCUUGCACCACUAUUUUACUUCAUGACCUCGUUUGCUC